AUGGAGAAGAGGGAAGGUAAAAAGGGGAACCGCGAGUCUGGAAGCCAUAAAAAGACCCAAGUGGAUCGGUUCCUUUCCCCCCAAGGGAACAUUUACAGAAGAGACAAAAUCUUUUCUGGUCACAUGCGGUUCCGGAGUUCGGGCGCGGCAGGCAAAUCAGUGAUCAGGCCCAUCCACGCCCGGGGCUGCCGAGAUGCUGAUUGGUGGGACAUUCCUGAUUGA